UUUAGAAGUGUGUGGAUAACUGUUGAUGUCGUGGAGAGGAGGAGUUGAUCGGUUGUUCAUUCGAUCGAGAUUUAGAAAUCGAGAGUGCGUGAAUUAUGCAGGGCUUUUCCUCGUAGGUGGUUCUGUUAUGUGUCCGCCAGGGGUAUUCCGAUUAGCGAGAUCAAAUGGCUUUACCGAAUCGUCUGCAUUCAAGAAGUUGCAUUCAAUGAGUCAUAGAUGGGAGAGCGCGGCAUCGGUAUGGAAAUACUGGGAGAAAGGUAGAUUUGACCGAUGUGUGACCCGAAAAGCAUUUUGGGAGAACAGAGGAUUUGACCUGUUUUUAGAAAAAGCCAGAGACGCAAGCAAGAUAGAAUGGAAAAAGAUGGAAAGGAUUUUUGAUACAAGAAACAAUACCGUUGAGCUGAAAUUAUUUUGUAGCGUUCAAAAUAACAAUUCGAAAACUAGAGAAAACGCUGAGAUAGAAGUUGAUCGAGAAAAAGAAAACUCAGAUAGCCGUUCAGUUGGAGAUGACAGUCCUUCUGGUCAACAAGAGCGAGCACUGGUUGCGUUACCACCUAAACAAGUAAAGAAAUUGAAUCGAGGAUGGAUGUUAUUUCGUUUUUUAUACUUAACAAUGACUUAUUUAGCCAAUGCUACAGCUAUUUACUAUUUAUACUCGCAGGUUUUUCCAGAAGAUAGACUGACUGGAUUUCUGGCAUAUGGGACGGAAUUUAUGAGAAGCAUUCCUUUGUUUGACUUGGCUCAGAUGAGUCGUGUUUGGGUUGCAUUACCAAUUGGUUGUCUUUUGUUAAACAUGUUAUCAAUCAAACGUCUUGUUCCUCGAAAAAUUUUGAUACUGGUCAACAUAUCUUAUUUGAUUCUUCAUUUUUACCGCAACUACGAAAUCCUAUUUCAUAUGGGCCAUUUCACCUGGCCCCUCUUGAUUUUGAUGUCUCUGAGGCUUACUUCUUGGUUCGUGUUCAUCGAGCUCGGAUUGAACGCGCCUGAACUCUACAAGUUGUACCCCAUACAUCAAUACGAUGGGGAUCAUCUGAGGGCAAGGACGGUCAAGCUUUUGGACGGAUAUAGUGAGAACCCAAGCAGCAUUCCAGAGCACGGGUGGUUGAUGGUGAAAGUUGUUCUAUUUGCGAGAGCAGUGUGGUCGUAUGGUGUGAUUGGUGUAGAGAAGGCAGAAAGAGCGAAGGAAAAGAUUAAGGAAAUGGCGGGCUGGAAGGAAGAAGGCGAGGAGAAACAAAGAACACCUGAACAAAGUGAUUAGAAAUAAUGCUGCCAUGCAAUCUUAUCCGCGCCUGUCAUAAGUUGAUAAAAAAAGGAAAAAAAUUUUUUUGAGAGGCAGAAUUAUUUGACGGGAUGGCAGCGUUAGAGAGGAUGAUGGUCAGGGGCAUUCGGGCAUAUGACCCUAGUUCUGUAGAGCAAAUAGAGUUCUGCAAGCCCUUGACGUUAAUAAAGGGUCCAAAUGGCGCUGGAAAGACGACAUUGAUAGAAUGCAUGAAAUGGGCUUGUACUGACUCAGUACCGCCCGGGUCGGGGAAGGGUCAGUAUUUUGUGCAUGACUUAAAGAUGUUGGGUGGCGGGGAAGUGGUGGCGGAGGUGGUUCUAGAUUUUCGAGGUGGUGGUGAUGUGUUGAGGGUGGCGAGAAAGGCGAAGUUGCAAUAUGGGAAAGAUGGGAAAUAUAGGUUCAGCAGGUUGUCGGCAAGCUUGACAGAGUGGAGGGAGAAAGGUGGAGAGGAGAAGGUGUCAUGUACAGAAUCAGAUCGAGUAAAUGCGUUGAUAGAGUCCAGAUUGGGGGUCAAUCAAAUGAUACUGGAAGAGGUUUUUUUUUGUCAUCAGAGUCAAUCUACAUGGCCGUUGGAUGAUCCAUCUACGUUGAAGUCUCAUCUAGACAAGGUGUUUGAGACGACGGCAUACACAUAUGUAUUAAGGCAGUUGAAAGAGUUAAGGAAGGAUUAUAAGAGAGAACUGAUGGAUGAAAAGGAGAGUUUUGCGGAGAUUGACAAGGGUUUAGGGAGAUAUGAAGACGCGAUGCGGCACGUAGAGCUAGCUGAGAAGAGGGUGGCUGAGUUAGAGAAGGACGACAAGGAAGCAGAGGAAGAGAUAGAAAGGCAUCAAAUAGAGAUCGCAGCAUUGGAUGCAGAACUGUGCAAGGCAAACAGGGACAGAGAUACGUUGAACGCGCUACAGGCGCAGAUGAAGGAGAAGGAGGGGGAGCUGAGGCAGCGCAGAGCGGAUGCGAAUGUGAUGGGAGACCGCCUGGACGAAGAAGAAUGUCGUUUGAAGCACUUGAUGAGUCAUUUAAAGGAGGAAGUGGAGAAAGGGAAACAAGCGACGAGGGAAGGCGAAUCGAAGAUAGAAUCGUUGCGUAAUGAACUAGAAAAGUUUCAAGAUCGUUUGGCGAGGCGCGAAUGUUUCGAGAAUCAGAUUUUGGCAGAAAGGAAGAGGCGAGAUAGUUUGGUGCUUGAGAUGGCAUCGAAGUGCCAAUUAUCGCUGGCAGACAGAGAAGAGGAUACAUGCAAGAUAUUGUCUGCUGCCAGAUCAGUGAAGUCUGGGUACGAGGGGGCCAUUCUCGAGGAAGAGGAGUGCCAUAAAUCGGAAGUGGUUAAAUUGGAUUCAGAACUUAUGGAGAAGGAGAAAGAAUGCCAUGAGGCGGAUGUGGAACAGCGUCUGCGGAAUUCCGAGGUUUCGAGAUUAUCUGAGCAUAUUUCUGACUUGGAGCGUCAGUUGAGAUGCAUGUUAUCCUCGCUCGCUAUCAAUGAGUGCAAGAUAGGUUCGUGGAUGGAGGCCGUGAACAUACAUUGGAAUUUUGACAUCGAGCCGAAAUGGUCGAGCUUGAAGUCCGAAUUGGACGAGUUGAAUGCACAAAUUGAAAAGAAAGAUUGGAAGACCGAUAUUGAGUUAUGCACGCUUCAAACAUCUUCAUGGUCGCUUCAAAGAAGCUGCUUGAGUACUCGCCUGCGCCAUUUGGACGAUUGGAAAGCGCAGCUGGAUCGUGUCUAUGGUCAAAUGAAGGAUUUAUGGGGGAUUGAAAAGAAUUUUCAUCUUUAUUGGUCAAAUUUUGAUUGGACUAAAAAUUGGAUAUGGCAAACAUUGCACGAAUAUUUAAGAGGUAAGUUGGAUAUAGAUGAGCAUUUUUCGACAUUUCUGCAGGACGACACAUCCAUUUUGUCGAACUGGUCAAGGAAACAGCUUUUGAUGGCGGCGAUUUGCUCUUCGAUCUGGUUUAAGGCAGAAUCUGCACCUCUUCUCGCAGAUCGAUGUCUUGAGUUGGAGUGCUUAUUCGGCUCAUUGGCUUCUUCGCAGACGUUCGAGGCGCAUUUUGAGGUGCUGAAGCGCGUGUUUGGUAUCCUCAAUAUCCAGAAAUGGCCCGGAUACACAUCCUUCUAUGACGUAGUGGGAAUUUAUGAUGCAGAAGGUCUAUCUGGAAAUGGGGGUCUUCCAUUUUCUUGUGCUAGGUUUUUUUCGUCGUCUGGCUACGAUUGCUUACGCAGGUUUCUAUCGGAUAGCUUGAGCGAGCUGCGCACGUCGGCCGAGUCUCAGUCGACGAAUCUGAGAGCACUGAAAAAAGAGUUGAGCGAUUGUGAGUGUCGCCUGGAAUCUGAGAGAGGUGCGCUCGAGUGCUACAGAAAGCGCGUUGAGGAGCUCGGGGCCUCUAUGCAAGGCGCAGACGAAACGGAGCUGAACGAGAAGCUGGAAAGGUUGAACGCCUUGGAGAAGGAAUACGAACAAUCUGUACUUGUUUUAGAGCAUUCGAUUGGCCUGUAUGGCAUGCUGAGGUCUCGUGCGCAUCAGAACACCUCUUGUCCUUUAUGUUCGACUAGUUUGUCUUCUGAGGAAUCGAGACAGGCUUUAGAGAAGAGCGUGUCGGAACUGGUCGAUCAGGCACCGGAAGAGCUGGCACUGACUCGAGAGAAGCUGGAGCGUGUGCACUCUGACCUUUCGGAGCUGCGUGUGCAGCUUGUCUUAUGCAACGAGCGAAUGGAUCUGUUGGAGAAGAUAAAAUCGACCGAAGCGGCGGAGUCGGCGUUGAGGGUGGUGAUUUGGCGUCGACAACAAGAAAUAGCCUCAAUCAACUGCGCGAACGAGUUGUUGAAACAAAGAAAGGAUUGUCUGCAAGACCUCCUUGAUCGACUUAGGCGUGGUCACGAACUGGCCCAGAGAAUCAACGAAAAAGAGGAUGAGCUGAAAAAAAGCUUCGACGGACUGACUUCAUGGGAGCUCAGGUAUUCGAAUUUAUGGUCGGUUGUAUGCAGAGAAGAGCAGGAAUGGAAGAAGGAGUGGAAUCUCGGUCCUGAUGACCGCAGAUUGGAUCCCGAAGGAGUCAAACAAAUAACGCAUAAUCUGAACACGGCCAUAAGUGAAAUGGGCGAUUUAGACGACAAUCUAGCGAGACCAGAUUCCAAAGUCGUUUCUAACGACCGUGAAUUCAAAGUGAAGUUACAAUAUGGUGAUGACAUCAAUCCUGAUGACGACUAUGAAUUUUGUUUCAAAAAAAAAAAACUGGAUUCCCAACUACCGCCUAUUCUGUUAUCCACCAGCAGUCUAUAUUGGUCCAAUUUAUUUGUCAAUUGUUUCCGUGAGCGAUUCGAAACGCUUCAUUCCUUUUCCGAGCGCUGUCUGUCUUCUUGUAAUUCUCGGAUCGAGCGCCUUCGCGCUAUGUCCUAUCAGCAUCUAUCUCGUCGCCAGGAAUUAGAAAAUUCGCUAUGCCCCUUAGAAAAGAUCAGAACCAAGAUAGAAGCUUUUCGAAAGAGCCAUGAUACCUUGCUUCAGCUGCGAGAAGAGCUCGGCAAAGCACAAGCGGUUGCCGCUCAGUGUCAACAAAUCUAUUGCGAUCUCUCGCUCAAGCUCGAAGAAAUUCGCGCACGUCGCCAGCAGGCUCUAAGCCAACGUGUUGAGAGCAUCUCGCGUUUGAAAAAAGAGCUUUGGCAAUUAUCAGAGUGCCUGUUGCUAGUUGAAGAAGCCGAAGACAAGCUUUCUUCCACCGCCUCCAAAAUUCAACAGGAAGCUAUGGACCUUCCUGAAAUAAGGUCUUCUUGUACGCGCAUCAAAGCCGAAAUCGAUGCUCGACUUUCUGAACGCACGCAACAAGAUAAUUCUCUCAAUCGCCUCGGCUCUGAGCUGGAAUCUGCCAGUCGUCUAUACGACAACGUCUGCGCUAUCUUGUCUCUUGAAAAGAAAAUCAGUUCGAUGAUAGACGCAGCUCGGAGCCUUCUUGGUGCAAGCGCCGAUUCUGACGUGCUCGACAUUGAGAAAUGCAUCGUGGACAAAAUUUGCUCCCUUAAAUCGCAAAUCUCCACCUGUUCUUGCCAUGUGUCAGAAUGCCAGAAACGGCUUUCUGCCAACGAGGGCGAGAAAAAAGUGCUCGGGGAGCAAAAAAAGUGCUCUCAGGCCAUUAUGGACGAGGUCAGCCAAAAGCUCGCUGCUUCUGGAGAAGGCUUGCCUUCAAACGAAUUGAAGCCGUUUGACAUUUUCAGAGAACACAAAAAGUCCAAGUCGCGUUUAUUGCUGAUUACGUGUUUGAUUCAAGACUUAGAAGAGUAUGCGAGAAUUUUGGACAAGGCGUUGGCUAAGUUUCAUUCGAUGAAGAUAGCGGAAAUCAACAGGAGGGUGAAAGAGCUGUGGAGGGCGACAUAUCAGGAAGCAGACAUUGACUUUGUACAGUUGAAGGCAGAGGAGUUGAAAAGGAAUCAGGAGUCAGAAAAGUUUUCCAUGAGGCCGGAAUACGAGUACAAGUUAGUAAUGCACUGUCAGGGAGUAGAAGUGCCGAUGAAGGGAAGAUGCAGCGCAGGUCAGAAAAUGCUGGCGAGUUUAGUAUUUCGAUUAUCGUUGGCAGAUUGUUUUCACACUAGAUGUCAAUUUUUUGUACUAGACGAACCUACAACAAACUUAGAUGAAAAGAAUAGACAAUCUUUGGCAGAGACGUUAGCCAGAUUAGCAAGAGAGCGUAGCAAAGUAGGAAACUUUCAGUUGAUAGUGAUUACACACGAUCCGGUCUUCUUUAGCCAGCUGUCUAGAGAGCACAUUUCCGAUUAUUAUUGGGAAGUUCAUAAGAACAAAGGCCAAUAUUCAACGGUGACUAAGAAGCCGAUCGACGAGCUCUGAGCGGAUAUGAGAUAUUAUCUUGCUUUCAAAGAGGUUGUGUGCUGCGUCUAGCGCCCAGUAUGCACACGGGAUGUGGCGUAGAGUGUGUAUGAAUGCGGGGUUCGGGGUGAGCGAGCAGCGCGAAAAGCAAGUAACCGGGGAGAAAGAAGAAAUUGCCGUGGCGAAAAGGAAAGGGGGUAAGAAAGGCAGGAUGUACCACAUAAAAAUUUCAGAAGUUUAAUUUUUCUCACAAAGUGUACAAAGAGGGCUCUCGGGGUACCUACUGGUAUGACAGACAAGAGCACGGAUGGCAGAGGAGUAGGGGGAGAAGGAGACGUUUUGGUAUUUGAGUGUGACGAGGAGGAAAAGGCGUGGAUUCCUUGGAGGAAGAGUGGGAGUGAGGUGUGUAGAGUAGGUGUAUCGCGAAGCAAAGAGACAUGGAUCGAGCUGAGAAGAAAAAACGAGAAAGAGGUGCUGGAGAGAGCGACAGUGGGGAAUUAUGUGAAGGCGAAUGAUAGUGAGAACUAUUAUUUGUGGUUGGCUGAGGACAAACGGUGGUUGGGGUUGAUGUUUUUGGAUAAGACGGUGGGAAGGUUAUUUUAUUACCAGACGAGCAAGUAUCUUCGAGGAGAGGAGGACCAGGAAGAAAGAAAGACGGGGGAUGCUGGAAGGGAGAAGUGGUAUUGGAUGUCUUUUUUAGGUUCUCUGCCGUAUCCUACAAAUGUAGACAAGAACGCGGAGGAGUUGUUGAACGAGGCGAAAGAUGGCGUUUAUGUGUCUUCGAGUGAGGUGCAGGGGGACACACCCGGUGUGAAGACGAAGAGAAAAAAUGUUAUUGACGAGUUAUUGAAGACAGAAGCCGAUUAUGUGAUGGCGUUGAAUUUGAUGAGAGAAAUGUAUAUUAUUCCUUUGAAAUAUGCGCCGAGGUUUGGAGUGAACAUAUUAAAGCCGGGAGAGUUCGAGUCUGUGACGUACGGAUUCGAACAGAUUUACAAGUUGAAUACUGAGCUUCUUAAAGAGCUGGAGCAUGUCCGAGCAGAUGGCUUGUUAUACCUCCACGUUGGAAAAAUAAUGUGUUUAUUUGCUUAUAGCAUGAAGUUGUACAUCGACUAUGUGAACAACUACAAUAAUGCGAUUCGCAUUUUUAGAGAGUAUGAACAAACUAACUCAACCUUCAAGACGUAUUUGCGAUUGUGCGUAGAGGACCCGGUUUCUAGCCGUCGAAGCCUGUGGGAUUUCUGGAUUAUGCCUGUUCAGCGCAUCCCCAGGUAUUGUCUCCUGUUAAGUCAGUUGCUACGGGAUACGCCGGCAAGCCAUUGCGACUAUAAAAAUCUUGAGAGUGCACUGAAAAUGUUCAAGGAAAUGGCAGAAUAUAUCAACUCGAAGAAAAAAGAUUUCGACAAUCUGACUAAAGUGUCUCUCAUUCAGGAAAGAUUCGAUCCGAAAGCUAAACAAAAACUUCUGAAGGAUCGACGUACGUUCAUCCAAGAAGGCAAACUCUUCCUGAAGUCGACUAUUUAUCCCUCGAGCGAUGCGUCAUCUUCAAGUGCCAAUAACCGAAACAGCGCUGAGUCCAAUUCAGAGACUCAUUCCGAAUAUCAGCUUCCUUCUGCCGCCGUCACCGCCUUAACACCUCCUUUGACAGGAAAGAAAAAGCUAAAAAAAGAUAAGCAUCCUUCCAACAGCGUGGCGGCGCUCCUAGACUCUUCAUCAGGUUCUUCACAUGGAGAAGAAAAUGCUCUGGAAGUUGAAUGUUUUCUCUUCAAUGAUUUAUUUUUGUGGGCCUCAAAAACCAAACAUGACUACUUGGUCGAACUUGGGCGAUACUCCGUCCACCAAAUUCUUGAUGUUCAGCUUUUGGCGCCUUCCAAAGCGUCUUCUAUUUACGAAUUCUCCAUCAGCACCAACAAUCAAGAGACCCACUUCUAUUCUCAUGAUGAAGACACAGCUCAGAAGUGGGUACAAUCUAUCCACAUCGCCUGUCGUAACUCUGUCCUAGCCAAAGAGGCAGAAAUUGCCAGAAUGAAGCGGGUCAGCUCUAAAGCUUGAAAAGCCUCUUGUGACUCUCUCUCUCUCUCCCUCUCUCUCUCUCUCUUUUUUUUUUUCUCCUGUACUAUACACAUUUCCGUAAAACGGUUAUAUGUUCUGCUGAAGUAAAAUACAUUCCCAUCUGCCUUCAGCCAGGAGCAGGCCGCGCCGGGCUGGUUUUGUGAAAUGCGCGCGGGGCAGGUUGCGAAGCCGGGGAGGGCAGAGGGGGCCAAUUUCCAAUUCAACGGGAGACAAGGGCCGCCAACUUACCAUAUCGCUCUCUAUGUCAAGAGAGGGAGGGCAUUAGACAAGGUUUUUCUAUUCUUGAUCUCAGGGACUUUGAGCAUUGUAACACGGGGGGGUGGAAGAAGGGAUUGACAGGUCUGAACGAAUGUCCAUAGAAGAUAGGUGGCUGACGCGCGGGUAGAGUGAACAACUCCGACAAAGAGGAAAAAAAAUGUACUGAUACGUUUGGGAAAAAAGCGGAAUCGAGAAAUUCUAAGUAUAGGGAGAGGGCUCCAGAAACUCGUGCCUCCAUUGUUGGAGAGAGGGACCGAAUAAGAAGAUGAGUGGAAAACCUACGAUGGGGGCUGUGCCGGCUGUGGUUUGAUGGAAGUUGUCAAAGUGAAAAAACAAACUUUUUUGAUAAACAAAGGGGUAAAGCUCAAAGCAAGCAGCCUGAACCCAAGAGGUGUAAGGUA